GUCCUCCCCACAUACUUACCUCCUGACAUCCCUAGCUUCAAUAUAACACACGCCCGGCAUACUAGCAGGCAUGUUGUUCGCCAGCGCACCCCGCAAGGACUCUGUGCAGAGCUCUAAGGAAGGUCUCAAAGCCACUCGAGCGGAGUUCAGUCCUUUGAAUACCUCCCCGCUUGCCAACUCCUCGAGCGCAGACGUCGUAACGAACGAUGAUCGCACGAAGUCGCCCGAUAUCACACGGGUCCUGUCGCCCAUGCGCCCGCGUCGAACGCCUGUUCUCAUCAACGCACCGGAUGUAAGAUGGCGUCUGGCGCCGCACUUGCGACACAUUCCAUCUCUCGACUCGGUGCUGAGCACGUCGACAACUUCGGCGUCAGAAACGUCGACCGUGCGCCCCAUCCCCAUCGAACCACACAACGUCGCACUGCCGUUGUCCAGCGCGUCGUCGUUGGUCACGGUUAUGCCUGAGGAGACGGACCCUCUCGACAUCCCUCUCCCGCCUUCACCUCCACCGCCUCAAAUCGAUAUCAGAUUCAACGAAGCUAUCGAACGACCAAAGUUUGGGAAUGGACGCUAUUUUCACCAGCCCCAUCUUCUAUCCCCGGUCACUGAGGCUUCCUCAGCACCCUCGAUCCGCUCUUCAAUAACCGACCUGGAUAUUCAAGACGUUGCGACUGCCGAGCGCCAUCUUCUCAGCAAUGUUGGCCGGCAAAACGUCCAAGUCGUCGGCGCAAGCCAAAUCAGUCUCGCGAGCCAGCAGUCAAGACAAAGCCAAUUUGCAGAGCGCUUCAGCGUCGAUGGCGUCGAGCAUUAUGCUGAGAGUCCGAGAAGUGGAGGGCAGAAUGGCACGCCGGCCAUGCGCGGUGCGAAUGGGCUUGGAGAUAAGGACGUCGGUGCGGGCGAGGAGGAAGUCGCAGCAAAGGAGAGGCACAAAGCAAAGACUAUCCGUGGAAAGAUUAGGAAACUCAAAAGGAGCGUCAAGGGCUUGGGGAAUAGGGUUGCGGAAUGUGUUGCUAGGAGAUUUGUGACGAGAGUUCUGGCGCGUGGAGGCUGGGCGUAAACGGGUUCAGAUGUUAGCC